AUGCGGGACGGCGCGCAGGCUCCUCGCGGCGGCGGGGGCUUCUUCUCGGCAAGGUCGCUCUCCAACUACAUGAGGAUCGUCUCGUCGGGGGCGUCCACGGCCGCCUCCACGCUGCGCUCGGCGGGGGCGUCGCUGGUGAACUCCAUGGCCAACCACGAGGAGGAUGGAAGUCGUGACCAGGUACAAUGGGCUGGCUUUGAUAAAAUUGAAUGUGGGGAUGGCUUGCUACGGCAAGUUUUGUUGCUGGCUUACAAAUCUGGCUUCCAAGUGUGGGAUGUGGAACAUGCUGAUGAUGUAAGACAGCUAGAAUCCAGACACGAUGGUGCUGUUUCGUUUAUUCAAGUGCUAAAGGAUCCAAUUUUCACAACAAAUUCUGGAGACAGAUUUGCAGAUGCAUGGCCAUUGCUAGCCCUUGCCUGUGAAGGAACUCACACAGGAGGUGGAAACAACCAUGAUACUAAUGUUCCUAUUUUUGAUGGAACCAAUGGUGCUUUCCAUAGUAUAGGCGGUGAAAACCUUCCUACUGUCAUACGAUUUUAUUCACUGAGAACCCAUGAAUAUGUGCAUACAUUGAGGUUCAGAUCAGCUGUUUAUUCCAUAAGGUGCAGUCCGAGAGUUGUAGCUAUUUCACAGGCUACUCAGAUACAUUGUUUUGAUGCCGCGACCAUGGAGAGAGAAUAUACUGUUCUUACCAGUCCUACAGUUGCACAAGUUUCAGGUUAUGGCCCACUUGGAUUGGGCCCUAGAUGGAUUGCGUACUCUGGGAUUCCAGUUCCGGUUCCAGAUACUGGACGUGUUAGCCCUCAGCUUCUUAGUCUGUCUCCCUUUGUUCCACCUCCUGGUUCAAAUGGUAGUGUGGUGGCAUAUUAUGCAAAAGAAUCAAGCAAGCAACUGGCUGCCGGCAUUGCAACACUUGGUGAGGUUGGAUAUAAGAAGCUGUCCAAGUACUAUGCAGAUUUCAUUCCAAAUGGUAAUGGUACCAUAAAGCAAAGAGGUUCUGGCUACAAAGCAAACGGAGUAACAAACGGCCACCUCAUUGACAGUGAAUAUGCUGGAACGGUCAUUGUUCGAGAUAUUGUCUCUAAAUUAUUGAUAGUUCAGUUCAGGGCACACACUAGUCCAAUUUCUGCACUUUGCUUUGAUCCAAGUGGAACUUUGCUGGUGACAGCAUCUGUUCAUGGUCAAAACAUGAAUGUUUUCCGCAUUAUACCUCCACAUGGGACAUCAGAAGCUGGUCAAAUUGGAACCUAUGUUCAUCUGUACAAAUUGCAAAGAGGCAUAACCAAUGCGAUCAUAAAAGACAUCAGCUUUAGUGAUGAUAGUGACUGGAUAAUGAUUAGCUCUUCAAGAGGAACUAGUCAUCUGUUUUCAAUCUCUCCAUAUAGUGGAUCAACAAGAUUCCGUUACAGUGAUAACAAUCCUGCAGAGAAUGAUUACAUUGUGGAUUCAUCAGUUAAUCAUACUGGUCAUUGGUCCCAAAAUUCAGCAACCUCUUUGAGUCUCAGUCAGAAGACUCUCUUUGUAUCUGGACCCCCUGUCACAUUGUCUGUUGUUAGUAGGAUAAGGAAUGGGAGUAACAUGUUUAAGGGUGCUGUCCAUGGCGCUGCCGCAUUUGCAACUGGUGCUUCCAGUCCAAUUUCUGGUGCUAUUGCUUCAACAUUUCACAACUGCAAGGGUGGUGACAUUAAUUCAGAUGGCAGUUCGCGAAUGAAAUAUUAUUUACUAGUAUUUUCUCCAUCAGGAAGCAUCAUACAGUAUGUUCUCCAUCUCUCAGCUGAACAGGAUUCUGGAUUUGAUUUCCCAACAAGCCCCAUUUCUUAUGGGCCAGAGAGAGAAACUGAUACAAAAUUUGUUAUUGAAGCUCUUCAGAAGUGGGAUGUUUGUUAUAAAAGAAAUAGAAGAGACAGCGCUGAGAGUUUUGCAUAUAGUGAUUUUGAGAAUGGAGAAAAUAAUAAACUUUUCCUGAAAGCUAUGAGGAAAGGGACUAGUGUCUACCCAUUUGACUCUUCUGCUGUUGAAAGACAAAAGCUCAGUGCUGAUGAAAAUCGUAAUUUCUAUAUGUCUCAGAGUGAGUUGCAGACUCAUGUUGUGCAAACUCCACUCUGGUCUAGAUCUGGGAUACACUUUCAAGCUAUGGAGGGUGAAACUUUAGAAGCAGACAAUGCUGAUGUUAUUUCAGGGGAAGUUGAAGUAGAAAAAAUCCAGACCCAUAACAUAGAAUCAAGGUCAAAGAAUCUCAUACCAGUCUUUGACUCCCUCCAUGCAUCAAGGUUUCAACAGACAAGGUUGAACACUCCUGAUAACAACAGGUAUGGACUGCUGCAGCGACAGAAGUCUGGGAUUUCAGAAGAUGGUAGACUCUCUCGCAGAAGCAGCUGUAGUUCUUUGGAUUGCAUGUCUGAAGGGCCCAAAAGCUCUGAUGAUGGUGCUUUCAGUAAAUAUGUAGUAGACGAUAACAGUUCUGCUGUAAAUAACAAUCCAAGUGUUAAAUUCCAUGCCGAGCUUGUAAAUAAUACUGGGAGCCUUAAGUCAGAGGCCCAGCUCGGAUUUGUAAAUAGCAAAGAGGAUGGUGAAGAUGGAGAGCAACUCCCAGACUUGUGA